CACUCAGCUACGCAAUCGGUCUUUCGGUCGGUAAUCGAAUGGGCACUCUCUCCCCUGGCGUCUCCUAUGCCUUUCCGGCCGCGACCUCCUCCCUCGCCGUCGGCCUCCACCCUCGGUCCAUCUCUUUCCUCUACGUCGCCCAGGAUUUUGCCCGCAGUCGUAUGGUUAAAUCUCAUAAUUUUGAUGUCUCUUUCAUUGCAAAGAAAAGAUGCUCAGGUGUUAGUCUUAGUAGGUUGCAGCAUCAGAGUCCAUGGAUCAAAAGAAGUACCAUCUGUUAUGCAGAAGGAACCGGAAACAGGCCAGAGCCUCCUAGAAAUAAUUCCACUACUGACAUUCAGCUCUACUCUCAAAUUGAAAGAUUAAUCACUGAGACAGCUAGGCAGUCACAAGAAGCUUGGGGUGGUUCUGAAGAUUGGAGUGAGAUCGAGGGAGCAUGGGUGGUUAGACCUAAAAAUAGAAGCCCGACAGCUGUUGUUCAUUUUGUGGGUGGUAUUUUUGUUGGAGCUGCUCCACAGCUUACAUACCGCCUUUUUCUUGAGCGUCUCUCCAAAAAGGGGGCGUUGGUGAUUGCAACACCUUUUGCUAGUGGUUUUGAUCACUUUUUGAUUGCAGAUGAAGUGCAAUUUAAGUUUGACAGAUGCUUAAGAUUCUUACAGGACAGUGUGAAUGACCUUCCAACAUUUGGUAUUGGCCAUUCUUUAGGAUCUGUAAUCCAUCUUCUCAUUGGUUCAAGAUAUGCUGUUCAAAGAUGUGGGAAUAUAUUGAUGGCUUUCAACAACAAGGAAGCAAGCUCAGCUGUUCCCUUAUUCUCUCCGGUCAUUGUGCCAAUGGCUCAAAGUAUUGGUCCUCUUCUAUCUCAACUCACAUCGUCUCCAUCACUUCGUCGUGGUGCAGAAAUGGCUAUGAAGCAGCUCGAGAAUAUUAGUCCUCCAAUUAUGAAGCAAGUAUUACCUUUGGUUGAGCAACUCCCUCCAUUGUAUAUGGAUUUAGCUAAUGGAAGAGAGGAAUUCAUUCCAAAACCAGAGGAGACACGCCGAUUGAUAAAAUCAUAUUACGGUGUUUCAAGGAACCUCUUGAUAAAGUUUGACAAUGAUACGAUUGACGAAACUCCGACACUGUCACAGUUGCUGAGUGGAGGAUCUGCCAUUAGCUCACAAUUGGACAUGUCGGUGCGAUUACUGCCUGGAGAUCAUGGGCUCCCAUUACAGCAGAUUCUCCCCGACAUCCCACCUGCUAUGGCAGAUGCUGUAAACCGUGGAGGCGAGAUUCUAUCAAACCUAACAGUAGGAACACCAUGGGAAGCUGUUGCAAGAGAAGUAAGCAAUACGUUGGGCACAGACUCAGGGAUUGUAAGGGCACAAGUAUCUAAAGAUGUUGAUAAGCUCGUCGAUACAAUUUCAUCGUGGAUGGCUUCAAACUCAGGCCCAAGACUUCUUCAAUCAUGAAGCAUAUUCCUAACCAAAUUGUAGCAGAAGAAAGCAAACUAUGAUACCCAUCUAAAAGCAUGUUUAAGUUUGUUAUAGGGUGAAAAAAAUUCAAAAUAGAUAUCUUCCUAGGUAGUCACUACUUAUGUAUAUUAUUAACUACUGUAAUUAAUAUAUUUAAUAGUAUUUACAUUAAUAUCAAUGUUUUUUUUCAAAUUGAUUUGAAUAUUCUGUGGAAAUUCAGUGUCAUUUAAAAGAUUUGUGUAGUAAA